GAACAAUCGGGUCUGCGAUUUAAAUGUGCAAAGAGCCAAAUGAUUGAAGAUUUAACCCGGGAUUCUAGCUUUAACAGCCAGUGCGCUGGUUUCUUGAGCUGUCUGGAACUCGCCAGGGUCACCAACGCAAGAGCUCAGCAUGGAUUGAUGGGGAAAUUGACCUAGGCUGGAAAGCCAAUAAAUACUGAACCAGGACAGUUCCUUCCGAGGUUAAGGCUUUUGCUCACAGGACUUCUUCUGAGAGUGCAGCUUUCAAGGCUUUGGAGGUGAUUUUCAAGUCUUUGGAGGACAUUACUGCUACCUUGGAUUUUUUUGACUUUGAUUUGCAUUUCCUGCUUUUAGUCUUCAUAGCAGCAUGGAAACAACUUAUGCAACCUUUUUUUAAAAUUAGCUUUCAUGAUGAUACGCGUCCUUGGCAAGGUGGACACGCAUCUUUUAUGCCACAUGAAAACUAAGCUGUGACCAGUUCCAUCACCCCAUGUUCCCCACUCAACGUUCAAAAUACUGAAGCUGAAGUGCUCUGACCCCUGUGUUUGCAGCAUGGCUGGUGAAAGGCUGCUAGCUUUCAGUUGUGGAGACUGCAGAUGUCCUUGCAGGAUGCCCCCUAGCAGUUCUGGCACCAGAUUGAACCAUCUCAACAUGGGUGAAAGCAGUCUUACUGGCUGGCAACAACAAGCAUUGGCUCCAGGUUCUACUCAAAACCAUGGACAACGUUGGAACUAAACGUAAACAAAGGAAAGAAUUGCUUAUCCGCCCCUGAAGGACAGAAGACCUCAAGUGAGACAAAAUGUCACAGUCAAGACUUGCCCUUGGAUUGAUUGUGCUGGGUGUUGUCGCUUUUGUCAGUCCUGGUUUAGCUGUCCUUUCUCAGCGAUUGAAAGGUCGAUUUCAGCGAGACCGCAGGAAUAUCAGACCAAACAUUAUCCUCAUUUACACAGAUGACCAGGAUGUGGAACUUGGAUCUUUGGAAGUGAUGAACAAGACCAGGAAGAUCAUGGAGCAAGGAGGAGCCCACUUCACAAAUGCGUUUGUGACAACACCCAUGUGCUGCCCUUCAAGAUCUUCUAUGUUGACAGGGAAAUAUGUCCACAACCACAAUACCUACACGAACAAUGAGAACUGCUCAUCCUCCUCCUGGCAGGCCACACAUGAACAGCGGACAUUUGCCGUGUACCUGAACAGCACUGGUUAUAGGACAGCUUUCUUUGGAAAGUAUCUGAAUGAGUACAAUGGCAGCUACAUUCCACCUGGUUGGCGUGAGUGGGUUGGAUUAGUAAAGAAUUCUCGGUUUUACAAUUACACACUCAAUAGAAAUGGUGUAAAGGAGAAGCAUGGAUUUGACUACUCAAAGGAUUACCUGACAGAUUUGAUGACAAAUGACAGCAUCAAUUACUUUAAAUUAUCCAAGAAGAUUUAUCCACACAGACCGGUUAUGCUGUUGCUCAGUCAUGCAGCACCCCAUGGCCCUGAGGACUCGGCUCCACAAUUCUCCAACCUCUUCCCCAAUGCUUCCCAGCACAUCACCCCCAGCUAUAAUUAUGCACCCAAUCCAGACAAGCACUGGAUCAUGAGAUAUACUGGCCCAAUGAAGCCCAUCCACAUGGAGUUCACUAACAUGCUACAGAGGAAGCGGCUGCAAACUUUAAUGUCCGUGGAUGAAUCAAUGGAAAAGCUCUAUAACAUGCUUGUUGAAACAGGAGAGGUGGACAAUACGUACAUCAUUUACACAGCAGACCACGGCUAUCACAUUGGACAGUUUGGGCUUGUGAAAGGAAAAUCAAUGCCAUAUGAGAUUGACAUCCGAGUGCCAUUUUUCAUGCGAGGUCCAAAUGUGGAGCCAGGAUCAAUCAUUCCUCAACUUGUUUUAAACAUUGACCUGGCUCCAACAAUUUUAGACAUUGCAGGCCUAGACAUUCCAGCUGACAUGGAUGGCAAAUCUAUUCUGAAGCUUCUAGACACUGAAAAACCUGUCAACAGGUUCAACUCGAACAAGAAGACAAAGGUUUGGCGAGAUUCUUUUCUUGUGGAAAGAGGUAAACUACUGCAUAAGAGGGACGAGAGUAAGAACACUCAAGAGGAAAAUUUUCUACCUAAAUAUGAAAGAGUGAAAGAUCUUUGCCAGAAGGCGGAAUAUCAGACAUCUUGUGAGCAAUUUGGCCAGAAAUGGCAGUGUGUGGAGGACUCCACAGGAAAGCUUCGACUUCACAAGUGCAAAGGAAUGGCCAUCACAGCAGCUUCUGACAAGAAGAGAUCCAGCCGUUUCCAGUCCAAGUACUACAAUACUGAUGGAGGAGAUUGCGAUUGUGAAGAAAAUGGAUCCAAAAUGAGCCCAGGACCGCGACAGAAACAGACACUUUUCUCCAAGCGAAAAUUUAAGCAAAGCUACAUAAGGAAUAGGUCAAUUCGUUCAGUAUCCAUUGAACUUGAGGGAGAAGUUUAUGACCUGGAUCUGGAUGAGGGAUUUGACCCAGUUGUGUCAAAGAACAUCACUAAGCGACAUGAUGUAGCUGAUGAGGAAGAAGAGAACAUGGGUGAAAGCAGUGGCACUGGCAAUAGUAAUGAAUUAAUUGUACCCAGUUCAAUUAAAGUGACACAUAAGUGCUACAUAUUGGCCAACGAGACCGUUCAGUGUGACCGAGAUCUGUACAAAUCACUCCAAGCAUGGAAGGAUCACAAAUUACACAUUGACCAUGAGAUCGAAACCCUCCAAACUAAAAUAAAGAAUUUACGAGAGGUCAGGGGUCACUUGAAGAAAAAAAGACCUGAAGAAUGUGACUGUUCAAGGAUGAGUUUUCCCUCUAAACAUAAGGGAAUGAAAGGAAAGCUCAAGCACAAAGGAGCUAAUCAUCCCUUCAAGAAAGGAAACCAGGAUAAAAAUGAAAAUGUCUGGAUGUUUAAGGAUGAGAGAAAAAGGAAGAAGUUGCGUAAAAUGCUGAAGAGGCUGAGAAACAAUGAUACAUGCAGUAUGCCCGGUCUCACCUGUUUUACACAUGACAACCAGCACUGGCAGACACCACCGUUUUGGACACUGGGACCAUUCUGUGCUUGCACCAGUGCAAAUAACAACACUUACUGGUGUUUGAGGACCUACAAUGAGACCCACAACUUCCUGUUCUGUGAGUUUGCCACUGGUUUCCUGGAGUACUUUGACCUUAACACAGACCCUUACCAGCUAAUGAAUGCAGUGAACACAUUAGAUCGAGAUGUUUUGAACCAGUUACAUGUACAGCUUAUGGAAUUACGAACUUGCAGUGGUUUUAAACAGUGUAACCCACGGACCAGGAAUAUGAACACAGGAGGAAAAGAUGAAGAAAACUUCAAUCAGUACAGGCAAUAUCAGCGUCGGAAAUGGCCCAAAACGAAGAGACCAAACACCAAGUCCCUAGGACAACUUUGGGAAGGAUGGGAAGGCUAGACUUCUGGAAAAGACUGACUUCUUCAGCAGCAUUAACUGGCAACAACUUGAAGCUUUGUACAGACAGGGUGAAAACCUGUAAGAUUAUUGACUGAAUUUCAAUUUUAGCCUUGAAGACUGAAUAAACUAAGGGGCUGAUGUAGAUAGAAUGUUUGCACUGUUGGGGAAUUUUAAUAGAUAAGUAAACUAUAAGGAUCACUUAUGUAAAUGAGGGUGGAGAGCCUCUUCCACUGGUUAUUAGACUUACUGUAACUCAAAGCAAUGCCUCACUUUGUUCACAAGCCAUCAUUUUGGAAUGCAGCCCUCUUGAAAUACAGGAACUGACUGAUCCUAGCAGAGGAGCAAAGUGCAUUUUUAGUGAAGCACCUGGAUUACAGAACAUUUUCAUUACCAAUGCAAGUUUUAAUUUGUUGAUAAAGAACUCAUGCAAGAUUCAGCCACUUCCAGUGAGUUUGGAAAAUAAAAAAGUGAGGUGAAAGAAAAUUUGUAAUACUGGAUCAGAAAUCAGAAUCAAUGCGAGAGAAAUAACUGCAAAAGAAUGUAAUUGGAAGGGAUGAAUUGACUGGUGAAGAUCUUAUAGAAUAAAGCCUUGUUUGAAAUGAAA